AUGGCCCUCCUCCCCUCCAUCUCCGACAGACGCUCCGCCCCCUCGCUCCAACCCACCGCCACAAUAACACCAGAACUCCACCUGAUCCCCCGCCCGCUUCGCAUCACCAAACGAACCCCAACCACCACCCCUCCCCCCCCGCAACCCCUCACGAAACCCACCCUCACAACGCCAACCCUCAACCGCACAACCACCCUCAACCGCACAACCACCAUCAACCCUAUCCACCGCACCCGCCGCGCAACCACUCCAGACCCACCACCCACACCUCCAACCCACCCACCCACCUGCGCCCUCUGCCCCACCCCCCUCUCCCCCCACAACAACCACGCCUUCCCCCCCACCGCCCCCGCCAUCACCUACACGAUCCUCUCCCUCCUCCACCAGCACCACUCCUCAAACCCGCCGCGUCCCACCUCCCCAAACCCGCCGCGUCCCCCCCCCCCCCCCCCUCCCCCACUUCUGCAACGCCUGCUUCGGGACCCUGCACGGGCUGCGGCUGUGCUGGGGCUGCGGCGAGCCCGUCGCCCGGGCCGAGGAGCGCGUGGGCUGCGGCUGGGCCUGGUGGCACUGGGGCUGCGUGCGCUGCCUGCGGUGCCGGCGGCCGCUCGCGCCGCCGCCGUACGAGGAUCGCGCCGUCACGCUGGACGGGAUGCCGGCGUGUGGGGCGUGCGCGGGGGAGGUGGGGGGGCGGGAGAGGGGUGGGGGGUCGAGGGGCGAGGGGGGGAGUGA